AUGGCUCCCGCUCCCAUUGACGAGUCCAUCAAGGACUUUGCCGAGCCGAUCAAGGACACGCUUGGUCUCCCAGACCGAACGCUCGCCCGUCUCAAGAAGGGCGGCGUCGACCUUUCACAGGGCUACCCAUACCGCCCAUCGCGACCUCUCUACUUGCAAGACGUGUACAAGAUCCGCGACCAGCCCCGCGAGUACCAUGAAGCAGGCGCUCGUGCGGACAAGUCCAAGAGUGCUCUUCUGUCUGCUGCCACAAAGGUCACUGACCUGACAACACACAUUGGCACGGAGAUCGAAGGUCUCCAGCUCAAGGACUUGACGGACCAGCAGAAAGACGAGCUUGCCCUGCUCAUUGCGGAGCGCAGUGUCGUGUUCUUUCGCAACCAGGACAUUUCUCCCCAGCAGCAGCUCGACCUGGGCAAGUACUAUGGCUUGCCUGAGGUUCAUCCCCAAGUCCCGCAGGUUCCAGGCGAGCUUGGCGUGACGGUCAUUUGGCCAGACCUCCAGGCUACUGAGCGCAAAGCGUCCUUCCGCAACCCUGGCGGUGCUUCCAGGUGGCACACUGAUCUCGUACACGAGCUCCAGCCCGCUGGAAUCACACAUCUGCACAAUGACGAAGUCCCGCCCAGUGGUGGCGACACCCUCUGGGCAAGCGGUUACUCAGCCUACGAGAAGCUGUCGCCAGACUUCCGCAAGAUUAUCGAUGGCAAGUACGCCGUAUACAUCUCGGCGCAUAAGUACCUCGACCGCGACCAUCCCGAGGAGGGCCCCAAGCACGUCGAGCGUGUGCACCCGCUGGUCCGUGUGCACCCAGCGACGGGCUGGAAGGCGCUGUGGGUGAACCGUGCCAUGACGGACCGCAUCGUGGGACUCGACCGCGCCGAGAGCGACGUCAUCCUCAACUACCUGUACGAUGUGUACGAGCAGAACGUGGACAUCCAGGUGCGGUUCAAGUGGACGCCGGGCACGAGCGCGCUGUGGGAUAACAGAAUCACGAUUCACAAUGCCAGUUGGGAUUAUGGUGGCAAGCACCCGCGCCACGGCACGCGCGUGACUUCUUUGGCCGAGAAGCCCUACUUUGACCCUUCUGCUCCGACGAGGCGCCAAGCCCUGGGACUGUUGGAGAAGGAUGAGCUGCCUGAAGACGGACCGGCUUAGGUGUCGAGGAGCAGUUGCUGGUUUUGUUCAAGCUCUCUGCAGUCUUGCUCUAGUCUUAGUCCAGAUAGUGUUCUGUUUGAACGUAAUGCAUCCGAUACC